AUACUUGCAAAGACGGGGAGACGCUAAGAGAGAGAACGUAGAAAGAGAGAAGAGAGGAGUGUAUUCCAAGACACAAUGAUUACUUCGUUUUGGGGGAGGCAGGAGGAGAGGCGUGGAAUUGGAAAGCGGAGGAUGGGACGGGAGCAGAACGUGGGGCUUGACCGAGGUGGGUCUCUCCAUCUAAUCUUUUUCCCAUGUUUUCUUUCCUUUCACCUUUUGCUCGGUUCAUCAGGCCUGGUCGGUUCCACUUCUAUUCUCUCCCUCUCGUUUCUUCUUCCUCCUCCACCUCCUUUCCUCUCUUCUCUCUCCUCUCCUCUCCUCUCCUCUCCUCAGAGCCGUAGCAGCAGCGUAAUAAUACGUCUAGGGGGCGGUGGAAGCCCUUGGAACAUGGGGAACCGCAGAGAGAAUCGCGUAAGAGCAAAGUAAGACACCUCCCCCGAGCUGGACUUUGCCGUACUCCCACAUAGCCAAAAGCAAGUUUCAUUUCUCCCGAAAGGAUUAUAAGCCCAAAGGGGAAGACAAAAAGGUCAUCCACCCCUCUAAAGGCAUCAUUGUAGCAUGCUAGCGCUGCGUCGUAAGAGCUAUAUACGCAUAGGGGGAAGUCACAGGUUUGGGAGUUCAAGAAUGGAGAACUGCGGAGAAGGCCAUGAAUUCCAAGCCUACCAAGAAGAAGACCACAACACCGUCGCCGCCGCCGCCGCCGCCGCCACCGCCAACAACAAUAGCAUUAGCAACAUCCAAAGUGGUGGGGGGUCUGCAACGUUUAUGUUCCCGGCCCAGGUCGCCAUGGGUGAUGGCGCUGGCGAUGCUGCUGCUUCUGGUCUCCUGCCUUGGCCACUUCCCCUCCUGAACAAUUUACAUCCGACUCACUUCCCGAGCUCGGGGCAAAUUCGCGAUCAAGACCGCUUCUUCCCUUCUCUUCCACCGCUUCCUCCUCUGCCACCGCCGCCCCCGCCCGCCUUCUACCACGACCUGCAUGCCCGUCGGGCUUCAGCCGCACUGCAGCUCGCUUACGAUGGUAGCGGCCUCGGUUCGUCGUCGUCGGACCCCUUGGGACUGGCGGGGCUUUACUUGGGACCCGAAGCAUUAAUUCGCGGCCGAGGGAUGAUGUCGUCCUCCCCCUUCGGAGCUCUUCAUGCCGAGCUGUGCAAGAUGACACCGCAGGAAAUCAUGGACGCGAAGGCGCUAGCCGCGUCAAAAAGCCAUAGCGAAGCCGAGCGGCGACGCCGCGAGCGCAUCAACGCCCAUCUCGCAAGACUGCGCAGCUUGCUUCCCAGCACCACCAAAACGGACAAGGCGUCAUUGCUGGCAGAGGUGAUUCAACACGUCAAAGAACUGAAGCGCCAGACGCUGGAGAUCGCGGAAGAGAGCCCACUUCCCACGGAGACCGACGAGCUCACCGUCGAUGCCACCAACGAUGAGGACGGCAAGUUUUUGGUCUCGGCUACGCUGUGCUGUGAUGACCGACCGGACCUCCUUCCGGACCUCAUCAAAGCCCUCAAGGCCUUAAAACUACGAACACUCAAGGCCGAGAUCACCACCCUCGGCGGCCGCAUCAAGAGCAUGCUCCUCAUCACCGGAGAGGAUGGUUCUGACCACCUGCAACAGGAGCAGUCCAUCGCGUCCAUCCAAGAUGCGCUCAAGGCCGUCAUGGAUCGGACAUCGUCAGCCGAUGAGGCAUCCACCGCCGGUGGCAUCAAGCGGCAGCGCACCACCAACUUGUCUAGCAUACUCGAACACAGAGAUCGGCAUGCCGUGCAUGAGACGCAGAACCCAAGGCAUGCAUGCAACUCCCAUGCGGCCACUACAAAGGAAAGAGAAGGUUGGAAUUCCGUGUCUCCAUCGAGGUGAUGGAUUUCGCGACGCUCUACUUCUUAUGAAUCUCAUCACGUACAGUAAUAGUUACAUCUUAAAGUUCGCAUUAUUGUGUACUUAGGUGUAGUAUUGUUAUUACUCUCUUCCCUAUGUUUCUUUGUCUGACACAAACAACUGGAAAUCUCCUUCGCAAGUUUCCGCCAUGGAUAUAUUUAGUUUGGUACACAAAUCUUAGAACUGUGAUUCAUGGAAAAAGUGACAUGGGCAGAUAGAGAGAGACAAAAAUAAAAGCCAAAGAAAGCUCACAGUCGAAGUUGUGAGGAAAGUACAAGUUAAUGGAGGUAAUUCAAAGAAAAGAGGUAUAGAAAUGGUUCAAAAAGCUGAGAAGAUAUAAAAGCAAACAAAGCAAGUGGCAGAACUCAGAAAGGGUAGGGUAGCAGAGUUCCACUAGCUUCAUCUCGAUGGGUUCAACAGCAAAAUACAAAAGUCGAGAGCAGCAGACUUGGUUCUUUGACUUCUAUAAAUGGUGACAAUGUUCAGGAUGUACUAUUUCCUGUUCUACAUACCACCCAGAGCAUGGUUAACAGUCCAUACUUGUAGCAUGUUGAGUUCAAUGUAUGUGCAGCAUUACCUUUGACAUUUAUCGAUUGGCUUCAUACUAUAUCAGUGUAGAAGAACAGCUGUGAGUUGAUCAU